ACAUAGCAUUUCCAGUAACAAUGGAAUCUCCAUUACUCAUUCUCAUCACACUAUCAUUCUUUUUCCAAUCACUUCUAGUUUCUUCCCAAACACUAUCAAACUCUUCAACAAUCUGCAAAACGACACCGGAUCCAAAAUAUUGCAAAUCCGUUUUCCCACAUAGCCAAGGCAAUGUUCAACAAUACGGCCGCUUCUCUAUCCGCAAAUCGCUAUCGCAAUCGCGAAAAUUCAUUCGCACCAUCGAUAGGUAUAUCAAACGCAACGCUCAUUUAUCUCAACCUGCCGUUAUCAGAGCUCUCCAAGAUUGCCGUUUUCUCGCUGGUUUAACGAUGGAUUACCUCUUAACGUCGUUUGAAACCGUUAACGACACGUCAGCAAACUCCUCUUUCAAGACGCUGUCAUUUCCAAAAGCCGACGACAUCCAAACGCUUCUUUCCGCGGCGUUGACUAAUGAGCAGACGUGUCUUGAAGGACUUACCACCGCCGCUUCUUCUUCCGCCACGUGGACUGUGAGAAACGGCGUCGCUUUGCCUCUCGUUAAUGACACGAAGCUCUUAGGCGUCUCACUCGCUCUCUUCACCAAAGGUUGGGUUCCAAAGAAGAAGAAACGGGCCGGGUUUGCUUGGGCCCAACCGAGAUCCGGUUCAUCGACCCACACUAAACCGUACCGUCUGUUCCGUAACGGAGCUCUACCGCUAAAGAUGACAGAAAAAACAAAAGCCGUUUACGAGUCACUCAGCAGAAGAAAACUCUCCGAAGGUGACGGUAACGGUAGCGGUAACGGUGACGGAGACGACGGAAGCAUGGUUCUGAUUAGCGAUAUCGUCACCGUGAGCCAAGACGGAACCGGAAAUUUCACUAAUAUUACGGCGGCUGUAGCGGCGGCGCCGAAUAACACAGACGGAAGCGCCGGUUUCUUCUUGAUCUACGUGACGGCGGGAAUCUACGAAGAGUAUGUCUCGAUCGCGAAGAAUAAAAGGUACAUGAUGAUGAUCGGCGACGGGAUUAAUCAGACGGUGGUCACCGGAAACAGAAGCGUCGUCGACGGUUGGACUACUUUUAACUCCGCCACAUUUGCUGUGACAGCACCGAACUUCGUUGCGGUGAACAUAACAUUCCGGAACACGGCGGGACCGGAGAAGCAUCAGGCGGUUGCGUUACGAAGCGGCGCAGAUUUCUCAAUCUUCUAUAGUUGUAGUUUCGAGGCUUAUCAAGAUACUCUCUACACACAUACUCUAAGACAGUUCUAUAGAGAAUGCGAUGUCUAUGGAACGGUCGAUUUUAUAUUUGGAAAUGCGGCAGUGGUAUUUCAGAACUGUAAUUUAUAUCCGAGAAAACCAGUGCCGAACCAGUUCAAUGCCAUCACCGCACAAGGCCGGUCUGAUCCGAACCAGAACACUGGUACGUCAAUCCAAAACUGUACGAUUAAGCCCGCUGAUGAUCUUGUUUCGAGUAACUAUACGGUAAGAACGUAUUUGGGUCGACCGUGGAAAGAGUAUUCACGGACGGUUUACAUGCAAUCGUACAUAGACGGUUUUGUUGAACCGGUUGGUUGGAGAGAGUGGAACGUUGAUUUUGCGUUAAGUACAUUGUACUAUGCAGAGUAUAACAAUACCGGACCUGGUUCAAACACUACAAACCGGGUAGCAUGGCCUGGUUACCACGUGAUUAAUUCGACUGAUGCAGCUAAUUUCACAGUCACUGGUUUAUUUAUCAAAGAUGAUUGGAUUUGGAAAACCGGAGUGCCCUACACCAGCGAAGGUGUCCACGACUACGAGCUAAACCGAAGAACUGGCGUUUUCAAAGUCCGUUUCAACACCACGUGUCAGUUCUCUAUAGAGUCAUACAAGGUCAAAUACAAACCCACAAUCUCCGGCAUCAUAUCAAGAGGACGGGUCAUAAGGUUGAUAGGCGUAAGCGUCAAAGUUCUUUUCUUUUGGAUCAACAUCUCCGAGGUGUCUCGUGACGGCGACGAUGUCGAGUUCUUCGUUGGUGCUGCUUCGGAGGAGUUCUCGACCAAGUAUUUCGUGGACAGCCCAAAAGACAUGAAUCUGCUUCCGAUUUCAAUCUUCUUCUUCUUAUUUUGCGUUCCUUCGUCAUUAAUCGCCGCCGUUACCGAUGACGAUGUACCGACGGCGUACACUCUCCUCCAAAGCUACAACUUUCCCGUCGGAAUUCUUCCUAAAGGAGUCGUAUCAUAUGAUCUAGAUCAAUCCACUGGUAAAUUUCACGCCUAUUUCAACAAAUCGUGUAGUUUCGCUCUUCAAGGUUCUUACCAAUUGGAUUACAAAUCUACAAUCUCUGGCUACAUAUCGGAGAACAAGAUCACAAAACUUACCGGCGUGAAGGUUAAAGUUCUCUUUUUGUGGCUCAACAUCGUUGAGGUUAUUAGGAACGGAGACGAACUCGAGUUCUCCGUCGGGAUCACAUCGGCGAACUUCGAGAUCGAUGAGUUUUACGAGUCGCCACAGUGUGGUUGCGGAUUUGAUUGCAAAACGAAGACGAAGACUUUAGGAAGAAACCCUUUUGUUUCUUCUGUUUAAAGGUUAAGACUUUAUUACAAAAUCUGAACUCUUUGGAUGCUUUAUGUUCUUUCUCCAAUCAUUUAAUUUUUCUUGUUUCAGUCAAUGCUUUGUUUGUAUUUCUUCUUAGGAUUGAACCGAUAAAUUGUAUUUAUGAAC